UUAUAUUGUUUACGCAGUUACCCCCGUUGUUAGGAGUUUGGGGACAGCUGGGUUUGGACCCCUCCACGUUCUCGUGUACAAUACUGGAGAAAAAUGGUACAUCACCGAAAAAAAUGAUAUUUUUAAUAGGAUUCGUUCUGCCAUGCAUUGUUAUUAUAGUAUCCUACUCCUGUAUUUUCUUUCGAGUUAAAAAAACAAGAAAAAAACUUAUGUCUCACGUAAAGUCAUCUUCAAGUCAAGAAAGUCGAAGAACAAAUCGUGAAAAAGAAGACAACAGGCUAACGAAACUAAUGCUUUUAAUAUUCAUUUGUUUUCUUCUUUGUUUUUUACCUUUAAUGAUUAUGAAUGUAUUUGAUGACAGUAUAAAUUACCCCGUGCUACAUGUUGUGGCAUCUAUUAUGGCGUGGGCCUCAAGCGUAAUUAAUCCGUUUAUAUAUGCUGCAAGCAAUCGCCAAUAUCGUACAGCUUAUUCUAAAUUUUUUACCCUUUUAAAAGGAAAUGUUUUACAAACGCAUAACAACACUAGAAAUUCCAUGAAAAAUAGUCAACAUUUUUCUAAUAAAAUGCAACCAUCUUCAAAUACAAAAGAAUAAUUUUAACACAAAAUUAACAAAUGCACUUGAUUACCGAAUUAAUUUACGUUAAAACUUCAGUGUACGAGUGUAUGUUUUGUACCUAUGUAUUUAUAUCAAUAAAACUUGCUGAUAACAGCUUUCUCUACGUUGUGGAAAUAAUGCAUGUUCCUUUUAUUCAAAAAUUUUCUUACCAUUUUUGCUAGUCCUAAUUGUAUUGUAUUUUGUUUAACAAUGUGAACGAUUAGUAACAAAUGUUGUUUACUAUUUCUGUAUUGUAUAAAAAUUUACGCUUAUAGAAUAAUUAGUUUUAAGAAAAGUUUUGGGAAGUACCUUUCAAUUUACCAUUCCUCUUAAAAACGGUACUAAAAUUAUUAUUUUUUGUAUAAAAAAAGUAACUAACAUAAAUUUGAAUU